AUGAAACUGACCUACUUGGAAGCUUUCCACACUCAUGGUGAAGAAUGUGACCAGUCAAAAUAUGCUGCCAAUGGGAUGGACGAUGCACGGUUGAAAGCCUUAAUCAAAUCCCCUCCAUGUGAUUGUGGUUGCGUUGUGCCUUUGUCUACACUUCGCCGGGUUUGCAGAACCUUUUGGUCGAUGGAGAAGGCCAACCAAGAUGCUGUCCUAUGGAGCCUAUUGUCAGCUGAGACUGAUGACAAAAAUGCUGAUUUUGAUUCGGAUGACGAGCUGCUCAGACUUCUGAUCGAUCGGCAUUUGAUGGGUGCAACACGGGAGAUCCUCCUUGAGGAAAGGGAUCUCUCCAAGUUGCCGGUGAGGGAGCUGCCUCCAAACACUUACAGUGGCUUGUACAUGAUGUAUGUCGCAUGGGCACGAAAUGGCAAUCAGCCUCCAUCUUCUCGAAGCACUUUUUACACAGUUGCGCAGAAGUGGACGUCUUUGGUUCCCAACGAUGUUACGCUGAAGAACUGCUACAAGGUCCGCAAGCACGAUGAGCAUGACGCAUCGAAAGUUCAAACCCCGGUACCACACUGCUUCACUUUCAUGAAGAGGUCACGGAUGCCCGUUCAGUUUGAAAAAGUGGAGCGGCUACCAACACAUCUCCGUUCCCAUGAUGACCAGGUGGCAAUGGAUGAUGUGUUCUGCUUGGUGAAGUCAGAGCUUUCGAGCAGCAGUUUGUCACAAGUACCUAUCUUGGUUUUGCCAGGCUCCCUACUUGGCAAAUCGAAGCGCUUUUUGGAGCUGGCCAAAUCCUCCGACCUGUUGGCCAAACCAGUAUUUGAACCGGAGAGGAAGGAUGAGAUCAAACGCUUGGCUGUGGCACUGAAGAGGGAUUUUCCUUCGCUGAGGCGCGGGAUCAAUUGGUACGAGACCCUUUUGGCCCGCUCCGAGGAUACAGAUGUUGGUCAAGCAACACAUUUGUCCUUCCUCAACAAUAUCAACAAUGUGGAAGAGCUGAACCAUCAUGAUUUCCAAUGGGCGGCACGACCGGCUUUGGACACCUAUGUCCCUGCAUUGAAUACGUUCUCUCGGAAAGCUCAUUUGCAGCUUAUUCCAGAUGUCACUAUGGAUGAAUUCUGGCUGCCUUUGAAGUGCUUUGACAUCUCCAAAGAUGCCAAGAACGGCUGUCCGGUGGUCCAAAGUUUGGAUGAGUUUCAAUUCAGCAUUCACUUUCCAGAGUUCCUGAAGCAGGGCUAUCUAUGCUCGAUGGAAAGCAUUCAGUGCAAGUUUCCACAUCGAGAUGGCUCCCGCACGGUCGAAGACCACUCAGUUGGAUUCACAGACGGGCAGACCAAGGUUUUGAUCAUGAUCGCAAUAGUGCUCUUCUGCAAAGAACUUGAGUUUGGAGAGAAAGAAAUGCAAAAUCUUCAGCUUCGGCAUGUGCUGAAGUCCUUCGAAUCAGUACGCUGCAGAAUCGGCUACGUCACAGCUGAGAAGAUGAGCCCAAGUCCCUUAUCCAUGGCUGGUGACAUGGAACAGGCAGUGGCGAUCGAGCGGAGACUUUCUCGCCCCGGUGUGAAGACGGCCCUCCGAGAUGUCCUUGGACGCUGCAUCGCAGACUAUAAUCGAAUGACAGCUCAUCGCCGGCAUAAAAUUGAUUCGGCCCGAGUCUCUCACGAGGUGCUCCAGGCUGACUUCCCUGGCUGCAAAUCCCGCCUGGAGGUGGAUGCAUUUCGUGGCAAGGAUGUCUUUGCUGAGAUUCUUGAGACCACUGCAGAAACGGCCAAUCUGUACUUCCAGAGGAAAUCAUCGCAAUUGGAUUUGCCCGCUCAUGAAGCGCUUCAUGACAUCGCCUGCCUUUGGCAGUGGGUGCGGGCCAAAAUGGAGCGGGAAUUUCCUGCCGAUGUGAUCAGCCACCAUGAUGCUUUGUGGCAUCUCGAUGCGGACCUCCACAGCGUGAUGCGGAUGGCCGAUGGGAAAGUGGCAGAGGGCGAAAGCACGGUCAUGCCGGCUAGCCGUGCUUGGGUACGCAAUAUGGCGACUGAUAUGGGCAACACAUCGGAUGAUCACAGCAUUUUCAUCUUCGUCAACUAUCCCUCUUUAGGUAUCGCGGGUGCGGCAAAGAACGGCUUCCUUUUGAACUAUGUUACAAACAUAUUGAGGCCUGACGCGAAGCGGAAGGCUGAGAAGGAUGAGGAUGAUGAGGAGGAGAAACUUUUUGGCAAAGCCCAGCCUGAAUCUGACAAUGAAGCUCCGGGUGAAGAUGACAAGAAGGAAGAGAGUGGCGAGUCCGCUUUGCUCAGGGAGGCCUCGCCACAGACGAAGUCUGCGACGCUCCCCCACCUUGGGCGUGCGAUGACGGACAUUCAGGAGUUGCGUCAGGUUGCAGGUGGAACUCCAUUUGUUCGAAGCACCAUGGAUGCCUUCAAGAUUCCCACUUCAAAAGCCAACAUCCUGAUCGAUGCUACGGGAUAUGAUGGUUGGGUUGCACGUGCCUGUGUGGAGGAAAUCACCGAGGGCAAUUCAUGUGUAUGUGGCACGGUCUGCUUGGAUCACUCCGGCCAAAGCUUGUUGAAUGGCGUUGCACAAGCUGUCUAUCAAGGCUGCCGAGGAUCUUCUUUGCAGGUUCCCGGAUUCCCUCACUUCGAGCCUAUUUUGGCAGCAUUGAAACAAGGUCGUGCUGCUGCUGCUAACACAUCGUUCCAGGUAACCGUACAACAGGCGGACCGCCUUCUCAUUCUAGAGUCUUUGGCAACCAAAUGGUUGAGCAGUGAACAAACAAAGGAUCGAGCGGAAGAGAUUGUGAAGGACCACAAUGGUCGCUUCAACCCGGAUGGUUCUUUGAUGGGUGACAGGCGCACCAAAGACCAAACGCACCUUUGUUCUUGCUCUUUGCAGUCUUGUGUUAAAAUCAAUCCGUCUACCAGCUGA